UCUUUCUCCACAGACCAACACACCCCCUUGAUCAUUUUUUAGUUUUAGAAAUCAUAUCUUACACAAUUUUCCUUCAGGGUUCAGAUUUUACCCCCAAUCAAUGUUUCUCCCUCUAACUUUUUAAUUGAAUUUAAUGUUUAUAUUGUUUUAUCUUCUCGUACAAGCACUAUACAGAGCAAGCUACGAAAGUUUCGUGUUCUUGGCACUCACAACAACUACCCCCAAGAUUCAGAAGUUGAAGAGAAGAGUUUGAUUAUCAAAUUGAAGUUCAAAUCCGUUUUGGGUGGCUAUUAUUUCAGCAAGUUUGUGUCAUCAUCAUCAUCAUUCAUCAAUAAACAUGUCAACCAAGUUUGGAAGAUUGGUGCCUUUGGUUUUUUCCAAGAGGGGAUUUUCCACCUCCACCAGCGUUCAAAAGGGUGGUGGUGGUUCUGAGGAAGGUUUGAAAUCAUUGAACCUCUGUUCUGCAAUUAAUCAGGCUCUUCACAUUGCCUUGGACUCUGAUCCACGUUCUUAUGUUUUUGGAGAGGAUGUAAGCUUUGGUGGGGUCUUCCGUUGCACAACUGGAUUAGCAGACCAAUUUGGUAAAAAGAGGGUUUUCAAUACUCCACUCUGUGAGCAGGGUAUCGUCGGUUUUGGCAUUGGUCUCGCAGCUAUGGGAAAUCGAGCCAUAGCAGAAAUCCAGUUUGCAGAUUACAUUUUCCCUGCUUUUGACCAGAUUGUCAAUGAAGCUGCUAAAUUUAGAUACCGAAGUGGGAACCAAUUUAAUUGUGGCGGUUUAACAGUUAGAGCCCCUUAUGGAGCUGUGGGCCAUGGUGGGCAUUACCACUCUCAGUCUCCUGAGGCUUUCUUCUGUCAUGUUCCUGGUAUCAAAGUGGUCAUCCCUCGAAGUCCACGACAAGCAAAAGGGUUAUUGCUAUCUUGCAUACGAGAUCCAAAUCCUGUAGUAUUUUUUGAACCGAAGUGGCUUUAUCGUUUGGCUGUUGAAGAAGUACCAGAGGAUGACUACAUGCUGCCUUUAUCUGAGGCCGAGGUAAUUCGGCAAGGAAGUGAUGUAACACUUGUUGGAUGGGGAGCUCAAUUAGCUAUAAUGGAACAAGCUUGUCUUGAUGCUGAAAAAGAGGGAAUUUCUUGUGAAUUGAUUGAUCUGAAGACACUAAUUCCUUGGGAUAAGGAAACAGUAGAGUCCUCAGUUAACAAGACAGGAAGAUUGCUUGUUAGUCAUGAAGCUCCUAUAACUGGAGGUUUUGGUGCUGAAAUUUCAGCUUCUAUUGUUGAGCGUUGCUUCUCAAGGUUAGAGGCCCCUGUAGCAAGAAUUUGUGGUCUGGACACUCCUUUUCCUUUGGUUUUUGAACCUUUCUACAUGCCAACCAAAAAUAAGAUAUUGGAUGCAAUUAAAUCAACUGUGAAGUACUAGUGAGCUUAAUCACCAUUUUUUGGUCAUCUAUAAGGUCCUGAUGCCAUUGAGUGAUGCAUUAGUAUAUUGCACCAUGGAGUUGGAAGGUUAUACAAAAAUGAAAUAUAAAUGAUCAGCCAAAAAAGAACAAUGGGCAUGCACAUGUAACACUAUUAAUUUUCUCUUACGAGGCCCUGUGUACUGAGAAACAUCAAAUAUUUGAAGGGAGUGAUCCCCAUUAGUAAAUCUCCUACAAUAAAUGGACGUUUUCCCUUUAAAUGUGAAGUUGAUAACUCAAAUCA